AUGAAAAAGGCAGAAGAACAGAAAAAACUGACCGGUCUUAAAGUUGCACGGGCGAGCCCAGCGGUCUCUCACCUCCUUUUUGCCGAUGACAGUCUCUUUUUCUGCAGAGCGACGGGGGAGGAAAGUAGGGUAUUACUCCAAAUCCUAAAGGAGUAUGAAAUUACCUCGGGCCAACAAAUUAAUUUUGCCAAAUCUUCAAUACAGUUUGGACAUAAGGUUGAUGCAGGGGUGAGAGCGGAAUUACAUCAGAUUUUGGGAAUUAGUAAUGUGGGAGGCGUGGGGAGUUAUCUCGGUAUCCCGGAGAGUCUCGGAGGUGCCAAGACGAAGAUAUUCAGCUUUCUGAUAGAUAGACAGCACCAACGAAUUAAUGGUUGGCACUCCAAAUGGUUAUCGAAAGGGGGAAAAGAGGUCCUAAUUAAGUCUGUGGCCUCAGCAAUGCCCAUGUAUGUGAUGUCAUGCUUUCGUCUGCCUAAAGGGAUUACAAAUAAACUCUCUAGCGCAGUCUCAAAUUUCUGGUGGAGUAAUAAUGGACAGACACGGGGAAUGCAUUGGCUAGCAUGGAAAAAACUUUGUCGGCACAAAAACGAUGGCGGCCUGGGAUUCCGUGUUAUUGAGGAUUUUAACACGGCUUUACUUGCAAAACAGUUGUGGAGGCUCAUUAACUUCCCCGACUCGUUAUUCGCACGGGUUUUCAAAGGACGUUAUUAUCGGAACGCAACUCCUAUGGACCCUAUUCGAUCUUACUCUCCCUCCUAUGGAUGGCGGAGUAUAGUUUCAGCUCGACCUCUGGUUAAAAUAGGACUUAUCAAAAGGGUUGGUUCAGGAACAUCUAUCUCUGUUUGGGAUGAUCCUGGAUUCCAGCUUCUACCCCGAGGCCAGCCACAGGAGAUGGGAUUAAUUACUACCCUCACCUCCGGUAUGGAUGUCUCUCUAAUUCUCGGGAUCCCAACCUCAAUGUCGCCUCGACCAGACUCCAUGGGAUGGUUUUUUACGAAGACGGGGAGAUACACGGUAAAAUCGGGUUACACGGUCCUACAACAAAGUUUGGACGCUGAUAGGCCCAUCUUUAUUGGUCCGGACACACGGCGUCUUCAAGCACAGGUUUGGAAGGUACAAUGUACUCAGAAAUUACAACAUUUUAUUUGGCAAGCUUUGACGGGAUGCAUAGCGGUAGGGGUGAGACUCCAGAGUCGCGGUAUGCAGAUAGACCCACAAUGUAUGCGGUGUGGGAUGGCGGCAGAAACAGUGAACCACACACUGUUUGAAUGCCCACCGGCACUGCAAGUUUGGGCUCUAUCUCCAAUUCCAACGGCUCCACAGCGUUUCCCUACAGGAAGUUUGUUUGCAAAUAUGGCAUAUCUUUUUUGGAAUUUGCCAGACGAUGAUAGAAUGCGGAUGUAUCCUUGGUUAAUUUGGUAUAUCUGGAAAUCACGAAAUGAUAAGGUUAUGGCGAAUGUGGACUGGGACCCAAAUGAAAUAAUAAUCAAAGCAACAGCGGAAUCUUCGGCAUGGGUAACCGCCCAGGAAAAAAAUGUAAUGCUAUGUCCACCACUGACAACCUCAGGGGAAUCCCCUAGAACGGGAAAAGCUAUGGGAACUCGUAACUUGAGAAGGGGAAUAUCGCCCCUCCAAACGGAGUUGGAGGCACUUAUUUGGGCCAUGCAUUGUAUGCUACGGCAUAAUAAAUUGCUAACGCGAUUUGAGACGGAUUGCUCUGAUGUGGUGAAGAUGGUGUCUACGCCAGAGGAGUGGCCAGCGUUCGCAAUACUUCUUGACGAGGUUGACCGGUGUAAACAGGAGGUUUACCUCCUUCUCCAUCGCGCACAUACCUAG